AUGAGCGCCUCGAAACCGUCCCUCCAGGAGAAACCGCAUUUUGGAAUAUGGACUUUUCAUGCGUCUAUCUAUCGUCUUGCGGUGAUCGCUGCUACCUUCCUGGCUACCAGUCAUGCUACCGUGGCCGACCAACGGUUUUUGAGGACCAACCACGCCCACCGUACGACUGCUGCCGACUUCGAAGAAAGAACUAUCCCUAAGGAUGCCUUGAAGAAUUUGGCUCAACGUUUCGACAUCGACUGGAAUUUAUACAAGACCAACGCGGCAGCUGCCCUACGAGGCAUGGACACCUCAACACUUCAAGAGUACCAGAAAGCAUACAACAAGCUGCAGAAGCAAUACAAAGCAAAGGGAUAUGGACGCAUCAAACCAGCCGAUAGUUAA